AUGGAUGCCAAUUUGCAGCAUUGUCUGUUGUCAGAUCAAGCUUAUUUAUCUCAAGUAUCGGAAAAUCAAUUAGAAACUAGCAUUUCUAAUACCACGCUUUCUCGAUAUCAAAGUGCGCGUGAAUUACUGUCCUUGCGUUCCGGUUCAGAGGCAGCAAUUAAUCGAUUUGGCAUUGGUUAUGCAGGUUUUGGGAAUGGUUGGACGUCUACGAAAUCAAAAAUUAUCUAUCCUAAUCAUAAGAAAAAAGUGCGAGGCCGGUAUUGUUAUUCAUUCAACCGUAGGACGAAUGCAACUCAAGCUGAACUGCCAGUGGACCUAGUGCCAAUAAGACUGGAAAUUGACGCAGAUAGGUAUAAAUUAAGAGAAUCAUUUACCUGGAAUGCUUACGAUAAAUGUAUUCCUUUAGACGUUUUCGCCGAGCAGCUAUGUUUAGAUUAUGACAUUCCUCCAAAUCAUAUGCAUAUGGCACAGAAUAUUUCAAAAAGUAUUCAAUCUCAAAUUCAAGAUUAUCGACCUAUUCGACAAGCUCUCGAUUCAUCUUUACAAGCCCAAUUGGAUGAUCAAGGGCGACGCCUUUCAUUUUCGGAAGAAGGGAUCUCAGUAGACGAAUCACCGCAGAUAUCCAAAGAAGAAACUAAGAAUGAUGGCAGGGAUCUUCGCUUUUUGGUAAAUAUUGAUAUUACAAUUGGACGUUUAAACCUUAUAGACCAAUUCGAAUGGGAUCUAUUUUCACCUUCUGGAAGUGCUGAGGAAUUUGCGUCAGUCAUGUGCUUUGAUCUUGGCUUAAGCGGAGACUUUUGUACGUCAAUUGCGCAUUCUAUUCGAGAGCAAUCACAAAUGUAUCUAAAAUCACUAGUUUUAGUCGGUUAUACAUUCGACGAAAAAGAAAUUGAUGAUGAAGAAAUACGAUCGUUUAUGUUACCACCUUUAAGGAAAGCCCUUAGGCAGAAAGAUAUGAGCGCGAAACCCUGCUCUCCAAUGGUUUAUGAAUUAUCCGAUGCUGAAAUGGAACGUCAAGACCGUGGAUACGAUCGAGAAGCUAGAAGGAUGAGAAGACGACAAGGGCGUGCUAAGCACGGUGUAACUCUUCCGGAUUUAAAUGAUAUUCCAAAGAUACAUAGAACAUCUUAUAACAAUUCAUCGGUUCCUUUUGAUGAUGACUGGAAUCAGAUGUAUGCUGAUGCUAUUGCGCGGAAGCAAGCAACACUCGACUAUCAAGCUUCUAUGGCUCCAAUGAAAGAGGGCUUAGUUCUUCGGUUUAAGAUAUCCCCAGAAAAACUUAAAUUAUCGGUGGAUCGUGCCAUGAGUUCUCCUAAACUUACUCCUUCACUUUUGACAGAAGUAUAUUCCGCAAAUGUACCUCAAUUUGGCUAUCCAUCUAUUCAGCAUGAGGUUUCAGAUAAUUAUACCGUUAAUCCAUAUUCUAACACUUCCUUGUCCUUGCUAAAUUCAUCCCAAAUUCCAAUGAAUGCUCAGGCGCAUGGAAAUCCUUUACCGAACUUUGCCCCAGAUUGGGUAAAGCGUUGCAUCGAUGAAAUUAACUAUAAAUACCCUAAUGAAAAAUUUGCUAUUACGGUAAAGCAAGCAGAGAAUCCUGCUGAGCAGAUCUUUGUACGUAUCCGUUGUCAAUACUGUCUUAAUGAAAUUUUCUCAGCUGGUCCUGGAUUAUCUUUUGGCAAUUUCGAAAUUCAUUUGCUUUCUAAGGCACAUCAGUUGAACAAAGAAUCUCAGAUACUACUAUAA